CUUUUAUUCACUCCAGUGGAUCAAAAACGAUUUAAACUGUUCAAAUUUGAAUUUUAUUGUAUUUUUGAAUGAUAAUCGAUUAAACGAAAUGAGUGUCAAGACGUGUUGUUGUGUUGAUUUGAGAACCGGUGGAUUGAUUAUCGCUGGAUUUGAAAUCUUCUGUGGACUUAUAUCUCUGAAGACGGGAUUGUUAGUGCCAUUGAUAAAAUUUGUGGUAGGCGGAUGUCUCAUCUAUGGCAUUCUAAAGAACGUCUCUGGAUGCCUUGUACCCUACUUGAUCGAGCAACUCAUUUCAGUAGCGGGAGCAUUAGGCACUUUGAUAUACAUCGCCUUCAAAGGCUUUACCAAACCGGAAGAUGUGGAUGCAUUUUUCAAAGAGCUCCUCGUGGGUGAAAUGGACGAAAAUGAUUUUGCAAUUUUAAAAACGAUUGCCAUCAUCCUGGUUAUAAUCUUAACUAUAGAGUCAAUUUAUUCGUGGAUUGUCAUUUUUUCGUUGUAUCAAGAAAUAACUGCUUUUGGUCACAAAGUGCAAGAUUCCGUUUUUCUGGAUAAUUAUCCACAUCACCAUCCAAACUUAACUAUUGAUAAUUAUCAAACGAAUCCAAAUCUAUCGAAUAUAAAUUUGGGGAACUAUCCACCAUCGUCGCAUUUAACCAUGAGCCAUUAUCCAGCUAAUUUGAAUGUGGGCAUCAAUAGUUAUCCAUUAAAUUCAAAUCAAAACCAUGGCACCAAUGCUUCAGAUGGACUUGCAUUCAAUUAUCAGUAA